GAAGUGGAGGAGGAGGAGGAGACAGUCCAUCCGUCAGAGAGGAGGCUGAUUUCUUCUUUCCUUUCCGAAGGGGCGAGGAUUCAGCAUCUCUAAUUUCCCAGGAGAGAGAGAAAGUGAGCGUAUCGGUGGAAGGAAGCGCGCACUGUUCCACUCUGGAUCAUCAGGACACCGCUGCCCGUCGUUCAUCCAGGUCCCUUCAGGAGUUGCACCAGCAACCGAGGGGAGAGGUCCAAAGCGCAAACAAAAAAAAAGAGGCACAAGGGCGCACGGGAAGACAGAGGAGCGAGGAGAGGUGACCCGGCCGAGGCGACAUGUUUGGCAUGAUCAAGAACUCGCUCUUCGGAAACACCGAGGAGACGGAAUACAAGCUGCUCAGCACCGAGACCAAGGACGGAGUGAGCUUUGAGGUGCGGCGAUACGAUGCUGCCAAAUACGCCGUGGUGUCCUCGGAGGGACGAAGCUUCGACCAGGCGACGGGGGAGCUGGUGAGGAAGCUGCUCAUGUACAUUGGUGGCAGCAACGAACAAGGUGAGGCCAUGGGUACAGCCGCGCCCCUCAUCAUCACGGUGUACCCGCGGAACGACGGCGUCCUGUCUCGCCGGCUGGUGGUGGGCAUCCGUGUGCCCACCGCGUACCAGCAGAGCCCCCCCACUCCCAGCGACAGUGCCAUCAGGAUCGAGGAGCGGCCCGGCAUGACGGUCUAUACUCUUCAGUUCGGAGGCUUCGCGGCGGAGAGCGAGUUCCGAGCGGAGGCCUUGCGUCUGACCCGCACCCUGGGUGAGAGCGCCCCCUUCCAGCGCAAGCAGUACUUCUGCUGCAGCUUCGACCCGCCGCUCAAGCCUUAUGGACGCCGCAACGAGGUGUGGUUUCUACAGGAGGAGCCGUAAGGAGGAGGCGCCGGGUCGCAGUCCAAUUCUCCUCCCCAACCGUCACCUCCCUUUCCCUCCUGUAGCUCUUACAGUAUUUGAUUGGUCGGAGCGAUGUGGCGACCUUGUUGACCUCUGAACACACACGUGGACUCACAGAUUACCCGUGUUGCCUUUACCCACAUUCAUCAUUUUGCUUGUCAUAUAUACUUAAUGGUUGCCUCACUGAGGUUAAGUGUUGAAGCAACGGGAGGAUUUAGAACUUCAGCGCAGCAUCCUCUCAUUUCAUUUUCACUUUUUCUCUAAUUUGGUUUGUAAUUAAACUCGGAAACACAACAUGUGAUCACAGCGACUAAAGGCUCCUAGACGAGCGUAGAGUUCAGAAGGGAUGGAACUUAGUGGAAUCACAUGUUUUUCAUGCAGAAUACUUUCAGGACUUUGAGUUUAGUUCUCUGAGCCGAGAGAAAAUAGAUCUUACAGACUUUAGUUAAACUGGUUUGUUACUGCCACAGGAUUACAGGUGUGGAUCAGGAAGUAGCUCGCAGAAUAAAUAGUAUUUAAAAACAACUGAAGAGAUUUGAAGAUGAAAUAACCUACUCCACCUCAAUCGGAUUAUUAUUUCAUCCUUGUAUUAUCUAAAUUAUCCAAACAAAUAAGUUAACAUCCCCUCGAAAGAUACACUUUAAUUACAAGCAACAUAAUUUAUUCACUAGAAUUAAUUACAUGCAAAACAAAUCCAUGACUCCCCCUCACUGUGCCUGAACGCAGGAGGAAAGGUCACCGUCCUCCCACUCACUGAGAACAGCGAGCUCCCUGUGGACGGCACGAAUACAUUUCAGAUUCCUUUCCACUCUACCUGACAUUGAAAAAAGAAAUAGCUAAAGCCCUGAGUUUCCCUUUGGAAGCAGGCGCUUGUGACGGGCAUGUUCAAUCCUCCCUCUGUCAGUCACAGUGACAGAGGGACUGACAGAGGGGGACAUGGGUCACGUGGUCUCUGCACAUCAGAUUCAUGGUAGUUAAAAGCACACGUCCUUUUCCUGAGUGAGGAACUGGAAGAAACAGGAAUCGAGCCAUGAAGUAGAUCAGGUCUUUAUGAGUUGAUGUGUGGAAAGCUGUGAGGGGAAAUUAACCAGUCAGCUGAUGUGUUGGUCGAGAAAGAAUUUGUGUGUAGUGACUAUUUUGUGUAACAUCUUUAUUUAUUCAGACUCUUGAGACUUUAUGUGAAACAUCUGUACAUUGUGAUUUAAUGUGAUAAGAGUGAAUAUAAUGUUCAGGUUUGGUAGUUUCGUGACAUAAUAAACAUGUUGCGUAGUU